AUGGAAGAAAUGUGUAGACGUUCCAACUAUGAAGCACCAACGGAUCAUUUCAAUUUUACAGACGAACAUACUGCAUCUUUCUCCCCUCCUCGUUCCAUCAACAAAAGAACUUGCAAAGCAUCGACAUGGAACGAAGGAAAAAAAGUCUUCAGAAACUUAAAGAAGCCUGGGAAAACACCGGUGAGAUGA